AUGACGGGAUGGUGGGAUGGUAGUGGUUGGGAUGGUGAUGGUGGUGGUGGUAUUUUACAGUAUCAAUGUACGAAAGCAUUAGUGGGAGAAAAUGUUAGGACAGCACCAGCAGAACAAUAUAGAUAUGUUGUGUCUAUUUCGGAAAUUAAUCGUUACAAUCCACAUCCACAACGUGAUCACGGAUGCACGGGAACGCUUAUAUCGGUUAAAGAUGUAUUAACUGCUGAACACUGUAUUAUACGCAAAGCAUGGAAUGAAAUUCAAAUAAUUAUUGGAUCAAAUGAUAUAUGGCGUGGUACCAAAUUUUUUCCAUCUUGGUGGAUAACCUACAAAAGAUGGAUAACAAUAAAGAACAUUCAACAAGAAUUCAAAUCAAACGAUAUUGCUAUUAUAAGGUUAACGGAAAGUGUUGAAAGACUCUCGAUCGUUCCAAUUCCUUUGACAACUAUAACCAAUAAUGCCGAAUUUUAUGGAUUGAAUGUUACGAUAGUAGGAUGGGGUAUCUCAAAUACUGGCCAAACUGCUUCACUUCUGCAAAUGAUCACCGUGAAUAUCUUAUCGAACGCUCGGUGUGGUGAGAGAGUCUCAAAUUUGGAGAGAAGAACAAUUUCCUUUCACGAUAGGCUUUUCUGCACUGCUUCCGAACCGUAUGGAUUGAUGCAUCGUGGUGAUAGUGGGGGUCCGCUUAUAUAUAUGGGAACAUUAAUAGCAAUUAAUAAAGGAAAUUGCCCUUUCACACAAAUCGUUAUUCAUCCAGAAAAGGUUAAUAUUCAUUUUGGUAUUAACUACUAUCGAGGCUACAUUGAAGAUGUCAUAAAUAAUUUUUAA